ACCAAAGUGAGCCGCCAAUCCGUUACGUGAGGGAUUGAGUGCUUAGGUACCGCAGUCCGCUGAACAAGGAUGUGUACGCGAUAUCCACACAGCUAGCUGCGACGGGGCCACGACCCGGAUCCGCCAAGACACCGCGUUACUUCUUACUUUUUACUUUCCGACAAGGACUGGUUGACCUGUGCGCAUGGUUCAGCGAUCGACUUCAGCCCUCCGGCAAGGUGUCCUUUCCGUAGACGAUUCGCAAUGAAGCUUUUCGACGUCUAAUCUCCGUUUUCGUUCCUGUGCAUGCAAUGGUGAGCCAGGGUACAAACCUACCGACUCUGCCCGACAACUUUCUCCAGGAGCUUGGCAGCCCGGACGUGAAGCCGGAGAAGCUGGUCGGCAGUGGCAGCAGUAGCGACGUGUUCUCCGCUCAGUGGCAGAACGCCCUGGUAGCGGCCAAAGUCUUGAAGCGACGAAGCUACUGCCAGCACGAGGACGCAGAGAAGCGCACGUAUCGGGAGUGGUACGUCCUGAAGCGCAUCGGCGCUCACCCGCACAUCCUCCAGUGUCUUGGAGCGGCCAGAACGCUAUACUACGAGCCAUGCCUGCUGUUCGAGUUGAUGACAUCUACGCUGCAGGAUCGCUUCAAAUGCCUGGAAACCGACCGAUCCUUUGCUAAGUACCUUCGUGAGAUUGCCUCUGGAUUGGUGUUUCUGCAUCGGCAUGGACUGUUGCAUGGGGCGUUGAUAACCAAGAACAUCAUGUGGAAAGAUGGAACGGUGAAGAUCGGCGAUUUCGGCCUUGCCCAGUUUGUGACGGUCGAGAAGAGCUUGCCGUACGCGACUAGCUUCGUCGAAGGCACGGAGUACAUGCCGCCGGAGGCGUUCUCCGUCGACCACAGCUACGGCUUGCCUCUGGACGUGUUCUCGUUCGGUGUACUGACGCUAGCCUGCCUGACCCGCCGCGAGCCGUCCAUACGCCUAAGUGCAGCCAGAACGGAACUCGAUAUGGACGGGAAGGCCACGCCGAUUGCGGAAGCGCGGAGACGCGCGACCGACUUGCAUGCUCUGAGUCGAUGGCACCCGCUGAGACCUCUAGUCCUGGAGUGCUGGAACCUGAGCCCGUCGCGCCGACCCACUGUCGUGGACGUUCUGGCGCAGAUUGAUCGUUAUCUCUCUCUGCUAACGAGUCAAAGUACAGAUGGGGGCAAACGCGGGAAAAGGUGAUUCAGGAUCUAGGAGGCUCUUGGCAGUACUGGCCAGGUAUACGGAACUACCAACUGACAUUGCAGCAGGCAUAACGUCAUGCUGGCUUGCACACGAACACCGGACCGACUACAGCCACAGACUGGGCAGCAGUCAUAGCAGCCACCCUAUUAAGUCUAUAGCAACAGACCAUCACGGCUUGACCAAACCGCUCAGACUUGUACCUAACUCAGGCCAUAUUACGUUGAGUGUGUGUGUGUGUGUGUGUGUGUGUGUGUGUGUUUCUACUGUUUGAAUACUAACUUAGUGCCGGGGAAUCAAUCGCCCUGGCACGUGACUGUAGCACAUCAAUUUUCUUGAGUGUACUUGUGUAUUUGAGUUCACUUCUCGAUUUCAAGUUGUAAAGAAAUUGAAUUCUUCA